GAGACCUGUCAAUAGGAUUUUUGUAGAAAUUUUGAACAAAAUAUGCGAGAGUUGAUAUUAUAUAACAAACACCCUUCUUUUUAUCAUUGUUUUCAAAAACACACUACAAACUUCUAGUACUCUGACUGAACAUUUUUUUUAAAAGAAAAAGUAUGAAACUCUUAACGUAUUUAAUCACUUUGGCUCCCUUUGUCUUGAUAUCCACCUGCUCUCCCUCAAAUAGGCAGUCGUUUAAAAAGCUGAAAUUACAGAGACAAGGACAUUCAUUGCAAAAACGAGAUAGCACAAAAUUACAGCAAACGGGAUACUAUCAUGGCAGUGGAUAUUAUAGCCAAAUCUUUAUUGGAGAACCAGCACAAGCAUUUAAUGUUGUACUAGAUACAGGUAGUUCGGAUUUUUGGAUAGUUUCCAGCGAUUGCUCAACAAAAGAAUACUGUGAUGCACACCAUCAAUUUCAACGUAACAAUUCACAGACAUAUCAAAAUCAUGAUCCUUUACAGUUUCUCCAAAUCCGCUAUGGAACAGGUUCUAUCAAUGCUCGUGUUGGAUAUGAUACCCUUCAAAUUGCGAAUAUGACCUUAAAAAACCAGUACAUAGCUGAUGCAAUUGAGUUAUCCAGCGAGUUUAAAGAUUUACCAAUUGACGGUAUAUUAGGGAUGGGUUUUUCAAAAUUAAGUAAAACGGACACACAUAAGCGUACAUUAAUUGAGAGCAUGGCUGGACAAAACCUGAUUGAGAAGGCUGUCUUUGGCAUAUAUACUCAACCUGCUGGGGGAGAUAUUGAUUUUGGUGGUACCGAUCCAAAUCGUUAUACUGGUCCGAUUCAAUAUGCUCCUGUAACUAGUGAUCGAUAUUGGCUAACAAAAAUGUCCAGUUCAUCAUUUGGAACUUAUAAAACAAAGUCCCGGUCUAUUAUUUUAGAUACAGGUACUACUCUAAUUAUUGUCACCCCUGAUGAUGCUAAACAUAUCCAUAGCGAGAUAGAGGGUGCUGUCGUAAACAGUGAUGGAUCUUAUUCAAUCCCGUGUCAUUUGAAGGGACAUUUGCCUGCACUAAACAUUAAUGUGAACAAUUUUACACUGUCAGUUUCUUCGGAUGAUUACAUUCUUGUUCCUUCGCAAGACGACGAGAACCUGUGUUUAUCAGGAAUUUCGGGCCAUAAUAUCCAUAAGCCAAAUCAUUGGAUACUCGGCGAUGUAUUCUUGAAGGGUUAUUAUACCGUAUUUGAUACAGAUAAAAUGAGACUUGGGUUUGCAAAAUCUGUAACUGAUCCAACUCUUUCGAUCGAGCAAUAUGAUUUAUAAAAAUAAAACGGCCGAUAGGAUAUUCGCAAACUUAUUUUUUUAAUCCAGCAUGGUGCGUUAAUACAAAGAGGAAGCAACAACCGGGGUACUAUCUGUUUUUAUGAAUAUAAAUAUUAGUCAUAUGUCUAUAAGUCGAAAUCUUAUAUAUUUGACUAAGGUAUUCAAAUGACAUGAAAGCCAAAAGAACAGUACUUAUUGACAUCGCUGUUGUUUUUUUUACCUUUAUAAGAUAUUUAAAUGCUUUUUUAUGAGCGGCUCCAUAGUUUCAUACUCUUUUUAAGUCCAAUCUGUAGUGUACCAGG